AGUUUCUUCUUGGAAGGGGGCAGCGGGGCGCACUGGUCCCGCGGGCUGUGCCGCCCCGCGGGGUGGAGCUGACGGGCCGCCCGCGCACCAUGGAGUCGGCGAUGGCCUUCACGGCGCCCGGCGCGAUGACGCGGGGGGUGGCGCCCGCCACGGACAUCGCGCCGUCGACCUCUGCGCCGCGCGCCGCCGCCCGGCUGGCGGAGGCACGCGCCGCCGCCGCUGGCUGCGCGUACGGCGCGUGCCGCGCCACUGCGGCCGCCGCCUUCGGCGGGUUCGUGGCUGCCGCAGCACGCGGCCGCCGGCGCGGGAGAGCAACGACGCGGCGUGUGCAGGCACCUGUGGCAAAGGCGGAGGAGUACCUGCUCAUCUCGGUGGUCGCGGAGGACGGGACCAGGAUCCCCGUGGAGGCCCGACCCAUGGACACCGUCAAGGUGGUCAAGGCCAUGGUAGAGCUGGAGAUAGGGGUGAGCAAGGAGGACCAGAAGCUGCUGCUCGGGGAAAGGCAGCUCCCAGAGGAUGCCACGCUGAGCGAAGUGGGCAUCGACAAGGACCUAGAGCUCAAGCUAGUGGUUAUCAAGGCCGCCGACAUCGUGGAGUCAGAGGCCGAGGCCUCCCUGAACCCGAUGGAGCGGGCAGCCCCGGCAGCGGUCGGGUGGCCCUUCCCGCGGGGGGCCUGGCUCGACGCAGCGCUGAACGGCGAGCUGGUGCCGGGGCUGCCGCUGGCGGCUGGAGCUCGGGUCCUGGCGCGGGUCAAGGACGACUACGGGGCGCCGCAGGGCGUCGAGAUGCUCGAGGUGGAGGUCGCCUACCAGGCAGACGCCUUCGGCCGGUACUUCAAGGGCCGGCAUGUGGGCGCCAGCGACCCGUACUACUCGUGGUAUGCAGCCUCCUGCGGGCAGCGGGGCGCGCGGUCCCUGGCCACGGUCUUCCGCCUCUGCAAGUGCAGCGCCGACGAGUGCGGGGCGGUCGCUCCUGUGGGCGCAGUGGUCGAGCACUUGGACGUGUGGCAGGUGGUGGACCCCCGCGACGUGGCCCGCGAGCAGGCGAAGCUCAUCUGCCCGGCCGCGGAUCCUGGAGCGCUUGUGAUGACCGAUGCGCCCGCGGCCGAGCCAUUGCCUGGAGAGCUCGGCGGCUGGCCGCUCGGGGAUGGGGGCAACGAGGACGAGGAGGAGCCUCGAGGGCCGCCGCGCAAGCGGGCCCACGAGGUGGAGGGCACCCCGACCCCAGGCGGACCAGGAGAGGCGAGCCCUCUCGACCAGGAGAUUGCAGGGCUCGAGGAGACUGCCGAGGACCCAGAGCUCGAGGCGCGGCUGGCGCGGCUCGGGGGCAGGGCAGCUCGUGGUGUGCCGAGGCAGGGCACGCCCAAGAACGCUGCGCGCCCAGCAGGUGCGGUAGGCGAGCGCCUGGCGCAGGUGGUGGCCGGCCGAGCCGCCGCUGCUGCCCCUGCGCGCACAGGCGCCGCUGGGUCGAGGUCCAGGCUGGCAUCAGCCUUGACCGCGGCGCUCCUGGGCCGCGACGACGACGACGCGGAGGACGGCGCGGAGAGCGACACGGAGCGCCUUGGGGGCCGCGACCGCUACCAGGGCGUGGGCAUCAAGCGGGACUUGUUCCGCAGGAUCGCUCGGCAGCGGCCCGGCGCUCUCCUCGAGAACGGGCUCGGCCACCUGCGCAGCCAGUUCACCCAGCAGUUGUCCGCAGGCGAGGCCGACCCUCUGGCCCCGUGUGUCACGCAGUUCUUGAACACGGUGUUCUUCGUUGCUCACCCGCCGCGGACGCUGGGGACGGACGAGGUGCGGGUCCUCCGCACGCUGGGGCUGGCGCUCGACGGCAUCCUGCGCGGAGAGGUCGUCGAGACUGCGGAUCUGCUCAUGCAGGAGUUCAAGGCGCGGACGAUGGCCAUCCGCGACGGGAACUGGCGGUCGGCACGGUGGCUCACGCUUGUCGCGCAGGAACAGCUUCCAUCAGGCGCCUCUCUGGACGAGGAGAACGCUGCCGAGAAGGUCGAGGCCCGGGAGCUGAAGGUCGCCGAGCUCCGCCAGCGACUUGCAGACCGCAGGACCAGCCGCAGUCCCACGCGGUCGGUCCAGCUCCUGAGCGACUCCGAGGGGGACCUCGACGCAGCAGCCGCCGCCCGCGUGCCACCAGCGGACGCGGCAGCAGGCCGGAGCUUCGCGCAGCACAAGGCGGCCCACCCGAGGCGCGAGGGCGAGACCCAGGACGGCCUGGGUUCGGGCGUGAGGGCCGACGCGGCUAAGGCCGCGGCCCCGAGCACGCCCCUGCCUGCCCUCCGCCCGCCUGAGCGGCAGCUACGCGGCAGCUCGCAGGCUCGGCGGUGGCGCCAGAUGCUAGCCGAGGUGGGCACGGGCGUCAGCUCCAAGUUCAGGCUCGCCCUCGCGGUCCACGAGGCGGUGCACGGUUCGCCAGGGGCGAUCGGGCGGUACGUUCGUAAGAUGUGCACUUCGCCAGACCCCACGGCCAGCUUCGCGCGGCUGCGCGAGGUGUUGCCGUUACCGCUGCCCGACGCCCCGCUCUUCGAGAGGUGCCGUGCCGCCUGGUACCUGCACCAGCAGCUGCCGGAGACCUGCGAGGUGGACGCCACCACGGCGCAGGGGUGGGCCCAGCUCGUGGUCUUCAGCCUGAACUACCAGUACACGGGGCACAUGCGUUGUCCAACCGUCGCCGCGAGGCGGCCCACGGCAAGUCAGAUCAGUGCGCUCGGCAUUGUGCAGGAGGCCUGUGAGUAUUUCGUUCAGGAUGCCGCCACAUCUUUCGAGCUCCCGGACUGGGACCAGGUCAUCGCGUCGAGGACCGUCUCCUACGGGGGCGAGGAGACGUCCCGCGCCCUGCCACUCUCGCUUGCGGGCAUCAUGCCAGGCCUCCCCGCGCGGGGCGUCGCCGCCUCUGUCAAGGCGGUCGACAUCGCGGACGCUCAGGUGGGCGCCUGGCUUGCCGACCCCACGCUGGCCUUGCUCCCUCGAGAUGAGUGGCCUGCAGAGGUCCCGCGGGCGGCGAUCCAGGUCACGUCCAAGCAGGAGUGGUACAGCAUCGGGACCAAGCUCGUCGAGCUGGGGCUGGCUGCGCCGAUCGCCGACGACCGCAUCUUCAAGGUCGGGAACCGCAAGGUGCUCGCCGGGGCGUUUGGUGUCGCCAAGGGUGGCACGCCGUCACCUGGCCAGGCGUGCGUCCAGCGCCUGAUCAUCAACAUGGUCCCGGCCAACAGCUACCAGCGCAUCAUGAGGGACGACAUCGGGACCCUUAGCGCGUCGCCCUCGUGGGUCGCCAUCCCGCUCCCAGAGGGCCACAUGCUGCUUUGGUCGUCAGAUGACCAAGCCUCCGCUUUCUACUGCUACGAGCUGCCCGAGGCUUGGCAGCCGUACAUGACCCUCGCGGAGGCGAUCCCGAACGAGCUCAUCGGCGUGCCGGGUCCUGGGAAGACACACCUCGCGCUGCGCGUCAUCCCGAUGGGCUGGAUCUACGCGGUCACGGUGCUUCAGCACUGCCACAGGCGCCUCGGGUUCGGCUCUCGCCCCCUCGCUGCGGGGUUUCCCGCGGAUCUCGAGUGGCGCAAGGACCGCCCACUUCCGUUCAAGUCGAAGGAGCUCGAGCAGCAGUGGAUCCAGUACAACAUCGACGACUGGGACCAUGGCGAGGUGGUGCCCAACGCGAUGGUCGCGGAGCUCCUCGGCACGAUGAGCUGCGCGCAGGAGGAGCAGAGGGCCGCCUACGACCGCUCGGGGAUCAGCGUCGCCCCCGGCAAGGCCAAGCACCGCGCGCUGGUCCUGGAGCGGAUGGGCGCGGGUCUUGACGGGGCCGUCGGCCGGGUCGGAGUCACGUGCGUCAGGGCAGCGGAGUUCAGGAGGCCUUUCAUGGGGUUCCUCAACAGCGUGUGGGCUGCUGGGCGCUGGACGCGCCCGCAGACUGUUCCCCUUGGCAUGUGCGACGAGCUCUUGGGCUUCGCGAUGGCGCUGCCGCUGGCAUACACCGACCUGCGCGCAAGGAUCGACACUUGUGUCAUUGCGACCGAUGCCAGCGAGCGCGCCGGGGGCAUUUGCCACACGGCCGGGCUCUCGGCGCAGGGCGUUGCCUGCGCGAGAGGGGGAGCAUCAGCAGUGACUUUGCGGCCUGGUGCAGUUGCGGCUCCUGUGCGUGGUGUGCGGUGGCGCCCUCGCAUAGUUCUCAUCGAGCUCUUCGCUGGCGCUGCUGGGGCCGCGGUGGCGGCCUCCAGACUCCCGAUCGACGUGAUGGCCCACGUCAGCUGCGAGGUCGAGCCCGCUGCCCGGCGACUGGUGCGUCGCCGCUGGGCGGGCGUGAUUGAGCUUGGCAACAUCGAGGCCGUCGACGCGGCGCGGUUUACUGAGAUGCUGAAGGGCUACGCACGGGACGCCGACUGGGUCGUCUUGACCGCGGGGAGCCCGUGCCAAGACCUUGCGAGCAUCAAUGUCGUGGGGACCGGCCUAGAGGGGUCGAGGUCGAGGCUCUUCUUCCGGGUCCCCGAGCUGAUCCAGGCAGCGGAGGCUGCCUUUCCUAAGCGCACCAUGUGGUUCGUCGAGAACGUGUUCAGCAUGACCCUAGAGUCGAGGGCAGAGUUCACCAGGGCGCUUGGAGUCACGCCCGUGUUCCUCGAUGCCAGGUGUCUCACUCACGUCAGGCGGCCCCGCCUGUACUGGUGCUCGUGGCCUGUCACGGCGUUCUUGGCGUCCGACGCCACCGUCGAGACCAAGGGUGUGGGAGAAGCCGCGUACUUCAAGGUCUCGCUUGCGGUGGAGAGGCUCCCACUGAGUGCCUCGCUCCUGGAGGGCUGGUCGACGCUGGACCCUGAGGCAGACCUCCCUUGCUUCACGAGGCCAAUCCCGCGACGCCACCCGCCGUUCCGGCCCGUGGGCCUCAACCGCGCCUCGGUGCUGGCCGCGGAGCGCUGGGCUGCCGACAGCUACCGCUACCAGGUCAACAACUACGAGGACGGCAGCCUCAUCUGGGACGCGAGGCGUGAGCGGGGCCGGCUGCCCGUGCCUGAGGAGCGUGCUGCUCUGAUGGGGUUCGACCGUCUCUAUUUCCAGGCCGCUGUAAUAGAUAGUGCCCCCGCCGCCGAGCGAGACAGCGUCAUUGAGUCCCUGAUCGGGAAUACGUUCUGCGUCCAGGCUGUCAUGUAUCUUCUCGGCUCGUGGCUCGCUCAGGUGGGGGCGCUAGCGGCCGCCAUCCCGGGCAGCAGCUGCCUCGCUGUGGGCACGUGCGAGGCGAACUGGAACGUGGUCCCCGACUUCCAGCAGCCGGGACAUCCCGACCCGCAGUUGGAACGCAGCCUGAUCGUAGAGUUCCUGCGGGUCGCGGACCGCGGGGGCACGGACGUCCGGCUUGACACCGGGGCGCCCUACCGCGCCCGCGCGUGGCCGCGGGCAGCACUCCGUACGCACCUCUGGGCCUGGCGGAUCGCCAAAGGCUUUCGCUGGCAGCGGCCUGGGCACAUCUCGGCGCUGGAGCUGGAGGCUGCGGUGGCUGGAGCGCGCUGGAGGUGCCGGGCAGUUGAGAACCACCGCUGCCGCUACCUGCACAUUCUGGAUGCCCAAGCGAUCGCGGCAGUCAGCACCAAGGGCAGAUCGAGCGCGAGGGCUUUGCAGCCAGCGCUCCGCCGGCUCAACUCCCUGCUCCUCGCGACGGCAGGGUACCCGCUGUACGGCUACUGCGACGCCGACGACAUGCCCGCCGACACGCCGUCCCGCUGGAGCUUCGGCCGCCGCUGCCACGCUCCCAGUGCUGCCGCCGGCGAGGGCCAGGUGAGCCAGGUCACGGCCCAGGCGAUGGUGCGACGAGCUGCAGCGAGGUCCCAACCGCCGAGGGAGGCGAUGGUCACGCCGCUCACCCUGCAGCGGUACCGUGCGGCGGUCGAUGAUGUCGUUGAUUUCUGGAUCCAGGAGCACCGGCAGCCGCAGACGCCCGCUCAGGUCGACGCUGGCGUGGCCGCCUUCAUCGAGAGCCGUUGGCUGAGCGGAGGAUCUUUAUUUGAGAUAAAUAAUGCAAUCGCAGGCAUCACGCACGCAUUCCCGCCCGUGCGAGGGCACCUGCGGGACAGCUGGCGCUUGGCCAAGACGUGGCAACGCCUGGAGCCAGCUGGGCGGGCGCUGCCGAUCGGGCCGCUGAUUGCGGCAGCGUUCGCAGGGGCAUUUGCGGCCGUGGGCCAGCUCGGCGCUGCGGCGGUGCUGGCAGCAGGCUAUGACGCUUUCCUCCGGACGGGUGAGAUGACCUCGCUCGUGUGGUCCGACGUGCAGCUGUAUCCACUCCGCCAAAUGGCCGUGCUGCAGCUGCGCAACACCAAGAGCCAGCAUCAGACUGGUGCCCGAGAGUUCGUGCUCGUGCGGAGCGGCGUAGCGGUCGCCCUCCUCGCCAGGGCAAAGGCUCAGGCGCACAAGCAGGACUUGUGCCUCGGGAUGGAGCCAAGCAGUUUCAUGAGCACCUUUGGCCGCGUGCGUGAGCUGCUGGAGCUGCAAGAUGCGAAGCUCACCCUCUACAGCUGGCGUCGGGGCGGCGCGUCCGCCGACUUCCGCAGCCACGGCUCCAUGGAGCAGACGCUGCUCCGAGGCAGGUGGGCCUCGGCGCGCACGGCCCGCUGGUAUGUCCAGGAUGCCGUCGCCGAGGCCACUCAAUUAAAUCUCUCGCCCACGCAGCGGAGGCGCUGCGGCCUGCUCGCGUCCCGACUGCGAGCAGAAGCGAGAUGA